AUGUUGGCACUUCGACUUGGGUUUCAAUGUAUAUUUCUUGUUUUUUGCCUCACAAACGCACCAUUUCCAGUCUCAGGGAAUAUCCAAACCAAAUUAAAAUAUUUUGAAACUUUAAAAGCUGCUGAUAUUCACGUUAUCACAAAGCGAAGUAUUGAUACAAAUCCACAGGCUCAUCUCAAGUUUGUCAAUCUCAAAGGCCUUGGCCGAGAUUUUAGUUUCUAUCUUCAAACAAGUCCAAGCAUUUUAACGUCUGAUUUCAAAGCUGUUACAGUAGAUGCUUAUGGCAGAAAAACUCCUAUAUCAGUCAACAAGAAUUCUUUCUACUCUGGCGCACUUAGAGAUGAGCCAAAUUCACAUGUGGAAGCCACUUGGGAAAAUGAUAACCUGUUGGCCACAAUCAGUGUGCCCAAUGAAAUCUACACAGUUGAGCCAGCUUGGCGUCACUUACCAUAUUCCACAAAUCAUUCUAUGAUCAUUUAUAAAGCAUCAGAUGUUAUUAAGUCUUUUAAGAAUUCACGUAAUCAACAUCACCGAAUAUGUGGCUUUAAACGUGGUGUCACUGUCAGUGAAAAGGAAUAUGAAGACUCUUUGGCCGAGAGUGCUUAUUACAGAACAUCAGGCUCUGAGAAUCGUUCAUCAGCAGCAUUUUACCAACAUGAAUACCAUCAAUCGAAACGUCGAUCAAAGCGAUAUACUAAGAAAGUUCAUAACACCUGUGAAUUGAUGGUUGUAGCUGAUUACAAAUUCUACAGUGGUGUUGGAAAUAAGGACCUUUUGAAUACAGCUAAUUAUUUGAUCCAUAUACUUCGUAAAGUCGAUACUAUUUACCGAACAACACUCUGGGAUGAAAAAGCAGGUUUAAUAAAUUAUGGCAUUAAAAUCAAAUAUAUGUCAAUCCAUCGAGAAUAUUCCAACCAUGCCCAAGAUUAUAAUUAUAAUAAAACCUGGGAAAUCACUCCAUUACUUCAGGCAUUCAGUCGUAAAUUGGAAUUUAACAAAUAUUGCUUGGCCCAUCUGUUCACUUACCAGAAAUUCAAUGAUGGUGUUUUAGGUUUGGCUUACAUAGCAUCAAGUCGUAGAAAUACUUAUGGUGGAAUCUGUUCCCCAUUGUAUCGAAAACAAACAAGCUUUGGAGUAGACAUAUUGUCAUUAAAUACAGGCUGGAGCAGUUCUAUGAAUACUUAUGGUGCACGGAUCCUUACACAGGAAGCUGACUUGGUUACUGCUCAUGGUCAGUACAAACAAUGA